CCAACACUGUUCGGCAAAGGCAAGCAAUUCUAGCAAGGAAGCCGUAGGGCUGUCUGUUAUUGUCCCUUUAUCUUGGGUUUAAUUUAAGUACCCUUCAAUUUUCUGACAUAAAUCUGUUAGAAACGUUAGCAAUCUUAGAUUCAUCUGCUACAAUUAUACAUAAAGCAAUGGCUGUAUCAUUCUCUAACCAUUCUCUGUUGGCUCCUCACUUUGCAGCUUCAUCUUCUUCUUCUUUAAAGCCCUCAAAAGACAACAAACUACCUUUGUUAACCCUUCAAUCUCUCCAUCGAAAGCCUCGUUUUUCAAAGCCCAUAUCUGGGUUUUCUCCAUCCAACCUUUCGUUCCCUUUGAACAGGUACAAGAAUCCCAAAAGGCUUACUUUCAAGGCUUCUCUUUCAGCCCAAGAGUCUGCUCCCACUGACGACGUAAAAACAUCAGUAGGAGAAAAUUUGCCAAGUUUAAAGGCCAUGAUUAAAGUUUACAAGGAGGCUCUUCUCAAUGGAGAUGAUAGGAUUGUAUCUGAGAUAGAGAGUAGAAUAAGCAUUAUACAAAAUAAGAAGAAUGGAUUGGAAAAAAAAGUUUUGGAGUUGUCUGCAGAGAUAACCACUGGGAAAGAGAAAUAUGUCCGUUUGCAAGCUGAUUUUGAUAAUUUCCGCAAAAGAUGGGAGAAGGAGAGACUUACAACAAGGUCUGAUGCCCAAGGAGACGUGAUUGAGAAUCUUUUGCCCAUGGUGGACAGUUUUGAGAGAGCCAAGCAACAAAUAAAACCGGAAACGGAGAAGGAAAAUAAAAUAGAUAUGAGUUAUCAGGGCAUAUACAAGCAGUAUGUGGAGAUCUUGAGGAGUUUGCGAGUGGCUGUUGUACAAACUGUUGGAAAGCCCUUUGAUCCCUCUCUACAUGAAGCGAUAGCACGUGAGGAGUCUCAAGAGUUCAAGGAAGGGAUUAUAAUCCAAGAAUUUCGCCGUGGAUUUCUCCUUGGGGAUCGACUUGUCAGACCAGCGAUGGUUAAAGUUUCUUCAGGGCCAGGUAGUAAGAAAGCAAGUGUGGCCACUGAAAAAUCUUCUGGGCAACCUGCAACAACUGGAGUGGAUGACCGAUAAUGUUGUUUUAUAAGCUCAGCAAUCCAAAUGGGGAUAGAUACUUGCAUUGGCACUCUGACCAUCUCUUCAGCAUGUGAAGGCUUUUUCUGUUGAACAUUUCCUUUGCUAUUUUGCCUAUGACGUGACCCUUGGUUUCGAUGUUGUCAAAUUCAGUUUUCAUGGUCUCAAAGGGGGCAAAACACUUGUACAACUAAGAAUAUUCACAUUAAUUGAUUUGUUAAAGCAAAAUCUCUUCCUUUUCUUUUUCUUUGCUUGGCA